AUGCUGCCCACCGGCGACUCCUCUCCGCCGCUGCCACCAGCUCCAGCGCUCAACAAGCCGGCAGUGCGCCAGCUUGACGACCUCCCGUCCGACGUCCUGAACAAGCUCCUCGCUGGCCUCCCGGCCUCCGAGGUGGUCCGCACGUCGGUUCUGUCGCAGACCUGGCGCAGGCAGUGGGAGUCCGUCCCUGGCCUCGACAUCGACCUUGACGACCGCGUCCGCGACUGGGAGUGGGAGUCCGCCGCGGGCUUCCUCGAGCGCUGCGCGGCGCCUGUCCGCGGCGUCCCGCUGCGCCUGUUCGACCGCGCCGAUGGCUGGGUGCGCACCGACGCCGGCAAGAGACCACGGUCGCUGUCCCUGGCGCUGCCUGUGCCCACCGCGCUCCCGUCGCUCUUCGCCUGCGACGCCGCCGCGCUCGCCCACAUCAAGCUGGUCACCUGCGUGCUGCCACCGCCGCCGCCGGCCUUCGCCGGGUUCCGCCGCCUGACCGCGCUGGACCUGGACUACGUCAUGUUCUCGGGAGAGAAGGGGUGGGAGCGGCUCGAGGCCAUGAUCUCCGCAGCCGCGCCGACGCUGCAGAAGCUGCGGCUGGCGAACAUCGCCUUCGACCAUGUCGGCGCCGGCGGGGGCCUCCCUGUCCCUGGCGCGUGGAUCAUCCAGGCGCCCAACCUCCGGUGGCUGGAGCUACGCCUGACGAUGGCCGGCGCUGGCUCCUGGAUGCUGGGGCACCUGCCCAAGCUUGACUACGCCUACAUCAUGCUCAACGCCCAGGAGCCGAGAGACUACGGGAGCAUGCUCACUGCCCUUUCUAGCGUCAGGGAUCUUGAGAUUGGCAACUUUGACUGUGCCACGUUUCAGGUCAAUGGACUUACUGUACAGCUAGCUCUUUCAUGCAUAUUUGUGAAUCUAAGGACUUUGAAACUUCAUACACAUUUUUAUGAAGCUUCAACCAUGCUAUCAACUAUUUCUCUGCUUCAUCAAGCUCCCUUCCUUCAGGUCCUUGAAAUUACGGACAAUUCUCGACAUGAAACCAAUAAGGAAGUGGAUGCAUUUGCUGAAGACUUUCUCAGGACAUUGCCGAAUUGCAGUUUGGUGAAAAAUCUGGAACGUCUACAAAUGAAAAGUAUCUCAUGCUCUCCAAAUGACAUGCACUUUAUCAAACAUGUUCUCCUCUAUGCAAGAAAUCUACAAAUGGCCUCAGUGGAAAAGUUCAAAGGACAUAGGAAUUCUGCUUUAAAUGCAGCAAGAAUGCUCAAAGAAUUUGAAAGAGUAUCACCAGCAGCAAGGAUCUGUUUUCAACAUCAGGACUACUGUUGGUUGGUUUAG